UAGAAGAAAAUGAAUGGUAAAAAUGGAAGCAUCAAGAUCAACAUUCCUUUACCGGAAUUGUCGAAAGUAAAACGAUCGGAAACGGAGAAGAGUUCCGGCGAAUCAAGCUUCUCCUGUAAAGGAUGGAUACAUGCUUUAUGGGAAUUUUGCAAAGAAGACAGGAACAGAGUAACAUUCUCAAUAAAGGUGGGCCUUGCUGUUCUCUUAGUGUCCUUCCUUAUACUUUUCCGAGCACCUUAUCAAAUAUUCGGCACCAACAUCAUCUGGUCCAUCCUUACUGUAGCCAUCAUGUUCGAAUAUACAGUUGGAGCGACGUUUAAUCGAGGAUUCAAUCGGGCUCUCGGAAGUUUACUCGCCGGAGUCUUAGCAGUUGCCGUUGCUCAGGUGGCUCUAUACACCGGCCAUGUUGCAGAACCUAUUAUCAUUGGUUUCAGCAUCUUCAUCAUAGGAGCUCUAGGUUCGUUCAUGAAACAAUGGCCAUCACUGGUGCCAUACGAGUACGGUUUCAGGGUCAUUAUCUUCACAUACUGUUUGAUAAUAAUUUCUGGGUAUCGAAUGGGGAACCCAGUGAGGACAGCCAUGGAUCGGUUAUACUCGAUUGCCAUCGGAGGAUUUGUAACAGUUCUAGUUAGUGUUCUUGUGUGGCCUGCAUGGGCUGGGGAACAGCUCCAUAAGGAACUAGUCAAACACUUUGAUGCUGUGGCUGAUUCUCUUCAAGAGUGUGUUAGGAAAUAUUUAGAAGAUGAUGGAUCUGAACACCCAGAGUUCUCAAAAACUGUGAUGGAUGAGUUUCCUGAUGAGCCCGCGUACAAGAAAUUUAAAGCCACGUUGAACUCAUCAGCAACGAUCGAUUCUUUGGCGAAUUCAGCAAAAUGGGAGCCACCGCACGGCAGAUUCAAGAAUGCGAAUUACUUCUUCUACCCUUGGUCGCAAUACGUAACAGUUGGCUCAGUUCUCCGGUCCUGCGCCUACGAAGUGAUGGCCCUCCAUGGUGUCCUUCACUCUGAGAUACAGGCACCUUAUAAUCUGAAGAUUACAUUUCAAUCAGAGAUUCAAGAUGCUAGCAACCAAGCAGCAGAACUAGUGAGAAACUUGGGAAAGGAUAUAAUGAACAUGAAGAGAAACUUUAGGGGUAGAACCUCUCUACUCAAAAGGGUCCAUAGCACUACCUUACGCCUUCAAAGAGCCAUUUACAUUCAUUCUUACCUCCUCACAUCAGGACAUGAAUCUCUUCCCGACAACUCUUGCAGUGCUAAACCACUUUCCAAACAACUCUCUCAUGCUUUCUCAGCUACCCUUUCCGAUCUCUCAGCCCAGUUAACUACUACUGACCAAGGUAACAGCAGCAGCGAUGGAAAUGGCAGGGAAGAGACGUCACCGAAACCACCACCACCAACGACAUUACAGACCACACAGAGUGGGAGUAUUCGGAAUAUUGGGACUCUUUCUGUGGCAGCUGUGGCUGAAUCUUACCAAGAGGGAAUGAAGAAGCACCCGAAGAGACAACAUUCGUGGCCAUCAAGAGAAGUGGAUGAGUUCGAAGAAGGUAGUCAUGGAGUGAAUCUGUUGCCAAAGAUGAAGGCAUUGGAUAGCACUGCUUCCUUGUCACUCGCCACCUUCACAUCAUUACUUAUUGAGUUCGUGGCUCGUCUUGAUCACUUGGUUGAAGCAGUGGAUGAGCUUGCCAAGAUGGCCAAGUUCAAGCUGGACGAUUCAUGUAACUGA